AUGGAGGGGAAAAGAGACGACGGUAUAAGAAAAGGGCCAUGGAAGGCAGAGGAAGAUGAAGUGCUGUUAAACCAUGUGAAGAAGUAUGGCCCCAGAGACUGGAGCUCCAUUCGAUCCAAAGGCCUCUUGCAGCGGACUGGAAAGUCGUGCCGCCUCCGGUGGGUUAAUAAGCUUAGACCCAAUUUGAAGAAUGGGUGCAAAUUUUCACUAGAGGAGGAGAGGAUGGUGAUAGAGUUGCAGUCACAGUUUGGGAACAAAUGGGCGAGAAUCGCAACUUAUCUGCCCGGAAGAACCGAUAAUGAUGUGAAGAACUUUUGGAGUAGCAGGCAGAAAAGGCUGGCAAGGAUUCUGCAAAAUUCAGGGGCACCCUCCAAAUCACAGAAAAACAAAAGGGUGGUUCAGUCCUAUCAUGGUUGUUGUCAAGGGUCCAACAGUCGUCUUGCUUUGGAGGCUCCAAAGUUCAGUUCUUCGUCCGAGGAAUCAUCGGCCCGGGCUCAGUCAUGCUCCUCAUCCUGCAUUGAGAACUCUGACAUGAUCAAAAUGGUGCCAUUGCCGGAUCUUGUCAACCCCAGGUUGCUUACUUUUGAAGCAAACUUCAUUCACCAUGAAUUCUCCCCUGCUGAGAAGAACCCAUCAUUCAUUGAGUCCCAAACACAAAUCCCUUUUUCUCAGCGACCGGAGCUCACCUUCUCGCCGGAAAGCCAGGAGCUCUUUGCCAGACUUGAAGACCCCAAUAUUUUUGAAAUGUUUGGACCGUUAGACACUUGUGGUCUCGGAAAUGGAGCUCAUGAGUUGUUUGAACUGGUAGGAAGUUGUAGAACUGGUGCUAAUGAAACAAUUGACAGUUACAUUACCCCCGACAGCUUUUUCGAUGACUUCCCGACUGAUGUGUUCGAUCAUAUUGAGCCGCCUCCAAGCCCUUCGGAGCGUUGA